UAACAUUGCAGAAUUGAAGUAGGAAAUCCAAAGGUCUACCAAUUAGGUUUGAGCUCUCGAUUUCUUUUCUCUGUGGUUUUCUCGUCCACGGCCGUUCUCCGUCAGCUGGAUUUCUCCAGGCAGCUCCCAACUUUCCAGAGAGAGUUAGACGGCGAAAAUGGAGGGUUCGAUGAUCCCCGGCGAGGAGCCGACCAAGGGUGUCGCGGCUGAUGAGGACCAGGACGUUGAGUCCGUCGAGAAAGGCGGAAGCCUGAAUGAAUUCAGGAGGGUAUUAAUAGGCAUGACAGAGAGACUGCAGCAAGCGAAGACAGAGAAGGGAAAGUUGGCCAGGCGUGUGAUCGAAUUGAUGAGGGUGUUGAAAGGCAUGGAAGCGAAGCUGGAUAGGGUGAAGAGAGAGAAGGGGGAGACAGAGAGGAGAUUGAUGGAAAAGGAGAGGGUACUGAAGGCCAUGGAAGUUGAACUGGAGCAGUUGAUGGCAGAGAAGAGAGAGAUAUCGGGCAGAUGAUUUGCUGACGUCAAGGUCAGCCCUACUGGAACCAACUGCUAGAUAAGGAGCUUCUACUUUUGUGCCUUGUUACUUUGAUCGUUCGCGUAGACACUGACUUGGUUUAGCCAAUGAACUUUGCUUGCAAGGUAAAAUUA